AACAUGGCUAGUUUUUCCCUUAUCGUCCUCAUUUCAGUUUCGUUCACUGUAUUCCUUUCAGUUUCUGCUGAAGAUGCCAGAGUGUCCACUGCAGAUCUAUCGAGCUCGGGACAAGCCAUGAAACACCGGAAGAACUUUACCUAUGUUUGUGAUCCCGAGAGGUACAAACAUUUGGGACUGAACGUGUUGAAGUUCUCGUUCUGCGACUCCUCGCUCUCCUAUAGUACGAGGGCAAAGGACUUGGUCAGGCGCAUGACACUGGCCGAGAAGGUCCGUCAGCUCGGAAACAAGGCUUAUGGUGUCCCGAGGCUCGGCCUGCCAAAGUACGAGUGGUGGUCCGAGGCCCUACAUGGCGUGUCCAAAAUUGGUCCGGGCACGUUCUUCGACACUGUCGUCCCGGGGGCGACUAGCUUUCCCACCGUAGUCCUCUUGGCCGCAACUUUCAACGAGUCCCUGUGGAAAAACAUCGGGCAGGUUGUUUCUACUGAAGCGAGGGCAAUGUACAACCUCGGCCGUGCAGGAUUAACCUUUUGGAGUCCGAACAUCAACGUGGUAAGAGACCCGAGAUGGGGACGUGCCCUUGAGACCCCUGGGGAGGAUCCUUUUGUCGCUGGCAGGUAUGCCGUGAACUAUGUCCGAGGACUCCAGGACGUGGAGGGAGCCGAAUCCGUGUCCAACCCGGACGAACGCCCCCUCAAGGUCUCCGCCUGUUGCAAGCACUACGCUGCCUAUGAUGUCGACAAUUGGCUGGGGGUCGAUCGGUUCCAUUUCGAUGCGAGGGUCACUGAGCAAGACAUGCUAGAGACAUUCCUUAAACCGUUCGAAAUGUGCGUGAGAGAUGGUGAUGUCAGCAGUGUGAUGUGCUCUUACAACCGUGUGAACGGAAUCCCAACCUGUGCUGAUUCCAAGAUUCUGAAAGAUACCAUUAGAGGAGAGUGGAAUCUUCAUGGGUAUAUUGUUUCAGACUGUGACUCAAUCCAAGUAAUGGUGGAUAAUCACAAGUAUCUUCAAGAUACGAAAGAGGACGCAGUGGCAAGAACCUUGAAAGCGGGUUUGGAUUUGGACUGUGGAGAGUUUUACCCGAAUUUCACGGCUAAUGCCGUGGAGCAAGGGAAGGUUCAGGUGAAGGACAUUGACACCUCCUUGGAGUAUCUUUACAUUGUGCUAAUGAGGCUCGGCUACUUCGACGGAAACCGCGCUUAUGACAAGCUCGGGAAGGACAAUAUCUGUACCGAUGAGAACAUUGAGCUUGCAGCUCAGGCGGCUAGGGAAGGAAUCGUUCUUCUGAAGAACAACAAAACGUUGCCUCUCAGCACCAACAAGAUACGUAAAAUCGCUGUGGUCGGACCUCAUGCCAAUGCUACUUUUCCCAUGAUCGGAAACUAUGCAGGAAUUCCAUGCCGGUAUGUUACUGCAAUUGAAGGCUUUUCAAAAUAUGCUAAGGUAAUAUACCGAAUAGGCUGCGAUGUCACUUGCAAGAAUGAGAGCCUCAUAUGGCCCGCUGUGAGAGCUGCAAAGGAGGCGGACGCGACCAUCAUCGUCGCGGGCUUAGAUUUAUCCGUCGAGGCUGAGGGUCUAGACAGAGAGGAUCUUCUUCUGCCAGGCUAUCAGACUAAACUUAUUCAACAAAUCGCCGAGACCUCGCGAGGACCGGUGAUUCUCGUGAUCAUGUCUGGUGGCGGUGUGGACAUCUCUUUUGCUGAGAAUAACCCUAAGAUCAAGGCCAUCCUCUGGGCUAGUUAUCCCGGACAGGAAGGCGGCCGUGCCAUUGCCGACGUCAUAUUCGGAAAAUAUAAUCCAGGAGGAAGGUUGCCAUUGACAUGGUACCAGGCCAAUUACGUAGACAUGCUACCAAUGACAUCGAUGUCGUUGAGACCGGUGAUUGAUACGGGCUUCCCGGGUCGCACGUACAAAUUCUACAAUGGCUCUGUGGUCUAUCCCUUUGGGCAUGGUCUCAGCUACACGCGUUUCAAAUACAUGCUAACCCAUGCGAAGCCUUCCAUCGACAUCAAGCUCGACAAAUUCCAACACUGCCACAGCCUUAGGUACGAUGAGGCCAGCUACGUCCCUCCUUGCCCUGCAAUCCUAAUCGAUGAUUUGAAAUGUGACCAGGACUUAGAAUUCGAAGUCGAGGUCAUGAAUGUCGGCAAGAUGGACGGCACCAAGGUCGUACUCGUCUACUCCCAGCCCCCGAGCGGAGUUGCAAGGACCCAUAUCAAGCAAGUUAUCGGUUUCAAGAAGGUGUUCGUCAAGGCUGGAGACAAAUCAAAGGUCAAUUUUCGGAUCAACGCUUGCGCUGCCUUAGGUCUUGUGGAUUAUCGCGGUUAUAAACUUCUCCCUUCAGGCAGCCACACGAUCCUAAUCGGAGAUAGAGGCAUGUCUUUCCCGAUCGUCAUAAACUAUGACCAGUAGUUUUGAAUUGAAGUACACAAUUAGAGAGUCGAAGUAAACAAGCAGUCAGUAAACAGUAAUAUGGAUCAAUUGUACCCGCAUUGGUUUUGCGUAUGUUUUGCGGUUUUAUCCAAGUUAGAAAGAGGGCACAUAAUGAAUCACCCAUGAGAAUUGAACUGAAAAAUUCUU